CGAAAACAAGCUCAACGGAAAACUGAAAUGUUGACAUCAUUACAAAUACUGUGAAUUACGUGUGCAUCCCGUGAAUUGUGAACUUUAAAUUUUCCGCCGAAUGUCGAUAAAUUUUCGAUGGCACAUUAAACGAAGUUGAAAAGUUUUUUUCUUGUAAUUUAAUACCGCCGAGUGAACUUGUGUGUUGAGGAUAGUAAAUAUUAUCCGAAUUGCUUCUGCUUAACAACAAGUGACGAGAAAAUGUUUGUGCCUGGACAUGUUGUGUCAAUGUAUGUGGCCACUGGCGGAGCAUCGGGAUUAUCGUUGGGUUCGGACGAAAAAGAAAUUAUUUUACUUGUAUUCGCCAUCAUUGAUGUUGCAACCAAUAAGGUGAUGGGUGUACAACAAUAUUUAGUUCGACCUGUCGGAACAUAUGACUUAGACAACUCAAUUUCAAACGACGAAAAGAAUUCAUCAUUAGUUUCAUCAACUACAUUAACAGACUCGUCAGAAGCUUUAACAAAUUCAACGCCGGAAUUUUCAAUAAAUGAGUCGCUAUUGAAAAUAGCUGGACGACCACUAGGAGAAGUAAUUGAUAAAUUCGACCAAUAUGUGCGCUCUCUAUCCAUCGAUCCAGAUAGUCCUACGUUUCGACUAGUGACAGAUGGUCCAUUGCCACUGCGACAAUGCCUACAUCCAGAAGCAUGUGCCAAAGAUAUUGAUCUACCUUCGUAUUACUGUAGGUAUAGUGAUCUGAAAAAAGAAUUUGUAAAAUGUAAAUCGUCAACGACGCCGGAUCUCUCGCGAGCAUUAAUUCCUGUAAAAGACGUAUCGAAAUUGCCAAAUAUGCCGAUGCCGACGGUGUCAUUGUCACAUUGUAUAGCUGAUAUGUUAAAAGAAUUCGACCUUCCAACUUAUCAAGAAGCUGAGUUCUACAUAAAGGAAUCACGAGACAUGAUAACACUAAUUCAGGCAAUGAUUUCAACAGGUCACAAAUUUGAAUCGACAGAGACGAUAAAUAUAACGCUAGAACCUGGUAUUUGCUCAAUAGACGAAGAAAUUGAUGGACAGUGUAUAGUCAGAGCGCGAGGACUUCCAUGGCAGAGUAGCGAUCAAGAUAUUGCGAAAUUUUUUCGAGGACUCAAUGUGGCAAAAGGUGGUGUAGCUUUGUGUUUGUCAGCGCAAGGUCGUCGUAACGGCGAAGCUUUAGUUAGAUUUAUGUCACAAGAACAUAGAGAUAUGGCAUUAAAGAGACAUAAACAUCACAUCGGCAAUCGAUACAUUGAAGUUUAUCGGGCAUCUGGUGAAGAUUUUCUUAACGUGGCUGGUGGCGCUCACAAUGAAGCGCAAGCCUUUUUGUCGAAAGGUGCGCAGGUGAUAAUUCGAAUGCGUGGCUUACCCUAUGACUGUACUGCUAAGCAAGUGCUGGAUUUUUUUGCUACUGGUAGCGAACCGUGCAAUGUUUUAGAUGGUGUGGAUGGCAUUUUGUUUGUUAAGAAACCGGACGGGCGAUCGACUGGUGAUGCUUUUGUACUUUUUGCAAAUGAAUCUGACUCGUCUAAGGCCUUGUCACGCCAUAGAGAGUCGAUUGGACAACGUUACAUCGAGCUAUUUAGAUCGACAACUGCUGAAGUACAACAGGUGUUGAAUCGAUCAAUGGAUCCAAAGACUUACGAACCCGCACAGCCACCUCUCAUAACACAAAUACAACCCGUACAAAUGCCACUUUUACCACAACAUGUUAUCACAAGCGGAACAUCGAAAAGCUGUAUCCGAUUACGUGGACUUCCGUAUGAAGCCCGAGUGGAACACAUUUUACAUUUCUUGGCCGAUUUUGCUAACAACAUCAUCUACCAAGGUGUACACAUGGUGUACAAUGCUCAAGGUCAGCCUAGCGGUGAAGCAUUUAUUCAAAUGGACUCCGAAGAAUCAGCCCGUGCGUCAGCUCAAUUAAAGCACAACAAGUACAUGAUAUUUGGCAAAAAGUACCGUUACAUCGAGGUCUUCCAAUGUUCCGGUGACGAUAUGAAUUUGGUGCUAAACGGUGGUCUGCACUCGCCAUCGAAUCCAACAAAACCUGCAUUAUUAUCACCCGGUAUGUUAACACAAGCUCAACAAGCCGCAUCACCACCAUCUUCCUCGGGUAUUCCAAUGGGUAUUCCUCCUCCACUAACCCUUUCCAUUCCACCGCCCAAUCCUGCUCUACUAGCACAACAGCAAGCCCAAUUCAUAGCCCAACAAAAUUUACUCGCUCGUCAGCAAGCAGCUGCAGCAGCGGCUGCAGCCGCUCAAUCGGAACAGCAAUAUUAUCUGCCGAAUUUACCUUUGCUUCCCCAUCCGCCGGCCCAGCAAAGUCACUCAUUUCCUUCGUAUUCGUAUGCGCCGCAAUUCGUUUUUAUGCCGCGUUCGCAUCAUCCGCAAUUUCCACUCGGUCUGAUGCCACAUCCGAUGACUCAGCCGGCCUAUUCAUUGGCUUCGGCUCUUCCGCCACCCACAAUGACACCGGCUGUAACGGUUACGCCACAAUUGACAACGAGCAUUAAACGGUCGUACGAAAGUGCCUUUCAGCAUGAUCCGUCGGCGGGAGUUAGUGCACCGAAAAGACACUUUAUGCGACCGCCGCCCCCACAAAGCUUCUAUUCACCAUUCUAUCCGCCAACAAUGUGAGUUGAUUUGUUACGAGAAUAAAUUUCUGUUAAAUUGGCAAAUUAUCGUUGUGAAUUAAAUGAGGAGAAGAAAAAACAAAACGAAAAUGAUACAAGGGGCAAUUAACGCAAUAUAUAUUCUAAUUUAGCGCAAUUCAACGCGUACUUUAAUAAGUUUAAAUAAUUAUUUCAAUUGUUUUUUUGUAACUCAAUUUAUAGUUAGAUUUUCUAUAUUAUACACCUACCUGGAACAGAAAUAAUAUAUUUUUAUUUAUGCGCUGAGCUAUUAUAAUUUAAUCGUGACUAUUAUAUACUUAUAUAGAGACUCUUGCUUCUUAGACACAUUCAACGAUUCUUCUUUUUUUUCCCUUCCAAUGUGAAGUGAGUUUUAUUGAAUUUUUCCAUUGAAUUAUAAUAUUUGAUUUUAUUGAUUACAAUUACAAUUUAACUUUCACGCGAUAUUUUCUUUCCUCUCUCUCUCUCUCUCAUCCACUCAUUCUCUCUCUAUCCCUCAGUUUUAGUAUCAUGACAAUGAAUUUUAGGUUUAAAUUUUAUAAAAUUCUUUAUUAUCUUGUAAAACUAACAUUUUUCUACACACACAGUCAAUAGACUAGACGAACAGGCACAUUAUAUUGUAAGAGAGAUACAUUCCCACAUGCCCUACAUUUCUUAGCAAUAACAUUGUAAUGCCUGGAGUUGUGAUAAGAUUGUUCUUCCUUUGACAAGCCGAAUUUGAAGCGUUUUAGAUGAAAAAUGUGAUUCAAUUUAUCGAUCUAUGAAUUUGGGCUUGCUGUCCCGUUUGACCACAGUAAUAUUCUUUUACGUGUA